CCUCCACUUAUUCACAACACACAUUUGUUUAAAAGCCUUGUGUCAAUCAGAUACUUGAGUUUUAUAACGCUCAUACAUCCGCAAACGCAGCCAUGCACAGCAACGAAAGCUAUAUGAAAAAAAUAACAAGGAAGACUUGAUUUUCAUUAUUAAAAAGUUGUCGACAAGGUGCUUUUUACAGCUAUCAGUCGGACUUUUUAACGUGCAUCUGUCGAUAAGUCAAAUCAUGUACUGAUAAACAAAGAUUGAUUCAGUUAAAAAAAUGCAGUAUGAAAUUUCUUUGGAAACUCUUCCUGAGCACACUAGUGAUUAUUUACCUACUGGUUCUGUUAUCUCUCUAUACACAGUUUCAUGGACCACUGACUCGGCUUGGAUACGACAAAACCCAGCACCAAACUGAACAUCAUGGACACAAAAGGACACACUACCCAACUCAACUAGGCAAAAAGGUUACCAAAUUCGAUAAAUUAGUGACUUUUCCGAAAUUAGAUCUACAAAAUAUCCAUAUUUCUCAAGAUAAUACCUUAAAAGAAUGGUCAAAAACCAACACUUCUUUCUGUGAAAACAGAUUUGUGGGAUUUGCCCAUUUAUUUGCCAUUCUAAGGGACGUUUUCCUGGAUCCUUCGUUUAGUGCUGGGCCACCUGGCGGAGAAGAAAUAAAAAGAGUCCUUAAUCAGCCGGAAGAAAAGGAAUUCUUAAUUUUAAAGCCCGGUUAUUUUCAAAUCCGAUGUAAAAAUAAAAAGAAAUUGGAUUAUACAUUUCCAAGUGGCGAUCAUCUAUCAAAAUGGAUUUCAGGUUUAAGACCUUCAUUAACAUACACAUCACAGGAAGAAGACAUUCAGGAUGUUACAAUAGCAGUGACGCGAUAUGAAUAUGCCAAUGUAUAUCAUACCAUGACCGACUGGUACAAUGCAUUUUUGAUGCUUUUAUUUUUUAAUGUAAAAAGUUUAACUGCUAAAAUUCUGUUUGUAGACAGUCAUCCACAGGGAGGUUUAGAUUCUGUCUGGACUACUUUGUUUGGAGAAUAUAUACGCGCUGGACAAUUGAUAAAGCCUAAACAUUUUGAUUCUUUAAUAUGGAGUAUACAGGGAUACAGAAGUCCGAUGUAUGACCAUUUUCUGCCUACUCUGCCGCAUAUUGAUUCAUUUACAAAUUUCUUUUUGAGUAAACAUAACAUUCCACUUGCAAAAAAUCUAAAUUGUGAUAAAUUAUCCAUUCUCUUUAUUUGGAGAAGGGAUUAUGUUGCACAUCCUCGAAAUCCGAAAGGACUUGUUAGUCGAAAAAUAAAGAAUGAGCAAGAACUACAAAACUUUGUUCAAAACCUUUACCCAAAUCACUCCAUUUCCAGCAUACAAACUGAUAAAUUGACAAUGCAGGAUCAACUCUCUGCGAUAACAAACACUGAUAUUCUCAUAGGAAUGCACGGAGCAGGCCUAACAUUAGCCUUGUUCCUUCCAAAACAUGGGGGUCUUAUUGAACUUUAUCCGAAAUACUGGUCUUCCGAUAAUCAUCAUUUUAGGGCUAUAGCUCGAUGGCGAAAGCUUCAAUAUAGAGACUGGCAAAAUCUGGAUGGUGACAAUGAAUUUCCCGAUCAUUAUACAUUUAUACCACCCUCUGUUUUACAAACUCAGCUGUCAGCAAUUAUAAGUGAUAUGUGUAAAUCCAAAAUCUAAAGUAUUUACGUAAACAUUAUAUAUAUAAAAAUUACAUUCCAUCCAUUAAAGAACUGUAUACGAA